AUGGCGGGCAGCGGCGCCGGGGUCGGCGGUGCUGGGGAGACGAAGGUGAUCUACCACCUGGAUGAGGAAGAGACUCCCUACCUGGUGAAGAUCCCAGUGCCUGCUGAGCGCAUUACCCUCGGCGAUUUCAAGAGUGUCUUGCAGCGGCCAGCGGGAGCGAAGUACUUUUUCAAGUCUAUGGAUCAGGAUUUCGGGGUGGUGAAGGAAGAAAUUUCAGACGACAAUGCCCGCCUUCCCUGCUUCAAUGGAAGAGUGGUGUCCUGGCUUGUGUCAUCGGAUAACCCCCAACCUGAGAUGGCUCCCCCAGCCCGUGAACCCCGCCCAGAACUGGUGCCUCCGCCCCCACCUCUACCCGCCCUGCCACCAGAGAGAACCAGUGGCAUUGGGGAUUCAAGGCCUCCAUCUUUCCACCCUAACAUCUCCAGCAGCCGUGAAAACCUGGAGCCAGAGACAGAAACAGAGUCUGUGGUGUCGCUGAGGCGGGAGCGGCCUCGGAGGAGAGACAGCAGUGAACACGGUAGUGGAGGCCACAGGUCCAGUGGGCCCUCAAGGCUGGAGCGGCACCUGGCUGGGUACGAGAGUUCCUCUACUCUCAUGACUAGCGAGCUGGAAAGCACCAGCCUGGGGGACUCGGAAGAAGAUGACACCAUGAGCAGGUUCAGCAGCUCCACAGAGCAGAGCAGUGCCUCCCGGCUCCUUAAACGGCACCGGCGGAGGAGGAAACAGCGGCCGCCUCGACUGGAGAGGACCUCAUCUUUCAGCAGCGUCACUGACUCCACCAUGUCACUUAACAUCAUCACUGUCACUCUCAACAUGGAGAAGUACAACUUCCUGGGCAUUUCCAUUGUGGGCCAGAGCAACGAGCGGGGAGACGGGGGCAUCUACAUUGGCUCCAUCAUGAAGGGCGGAGCUGUGGCAGCCGAUGGGCGCAUUGAGCCUGGGGACAUGCUUUUACAGGUGAAUGACAUGAACUUCGAGAACAUGAGCAAUGAUGAUGCUGUCCGAGUGCUUCGGGACAUUGUACACAAGCCCGGCCCCAUUGUGCUGACCGUGGCCAAGUGUUGGGAUCCUUCUCCGCAGGCCUAUUUCACACUCCCCCGAAAUGAGCCUAUCCAGCCGAUUGAUCCCGCUGCCUGGGUCUCCCACUCCGCGGCACUGACCGGCACUUUCCCGGCCUACCCUGGCUCCUCAUCCAUGAGCACCAUCACAUCUGGAUCGUCUCUGCCUGAUGGCUGUGAGGGCCGAGGUCUCUCCAUCCACACAGACAUGGCUUCUGUGACCAAGGCCAUGGCGGCUCCUGAGUCUGGCUUGGAAGUGAGGGACCGCAUGUGGCUCAAGAUCACCAUCCCAAAUGCCUUUCUGGGCUCGGAUGUGGUUGACUGGCUCUACCAUCACGUGGAGGGCUUUCCGGAGCGCCGGGAGGCCCGGAAGUAUGCCAGCGGGCUUCUCAAGGCGGGCCUCAUCCGCCACACUGUCAACAAGAUCACCUUCUCAGAGCAGUGUUACUACGUCUUUGGAGACCUCAGUGGCGGCUGUGAGAGCUACCUCGUCAACCUGUCUUUGAAUGACAAUGAUGGCUCCAGCGGUGCCUCAGACCAGGACACCCUGGCUCCACUGCCUGGAACCACCCCUUGGCCCCUGCUGCCCACAUUCUCCUACCAGUACCCUGCCCCUCAUCCAUACAGCCCCCAGCCCCCGCCCUACCAUGAGCUUUCAUCUUACACCUACGGCGGGGGCAGUGCCAGCAGCCAGCACAGUGAGGGAAGCCGGAGCAGUGAGUCCACACGAAGCGACGGGGGUGCUGGGCGCACAGGGAGGCCCGAGGAGCGGGCCCCAGAGUCCAAGUCAGGCAGUGGCAGUGAGUCUGAGCCCUCCAGCCGUGGGGGCAGUCUCCGACGGGGUGGGGAGCCUGGGAGUGCCAGUGACGGGGCUCCUCCCCCAUCCAGGGGCUCAGCAGGGGGUGUACCCAAUCUUCGCACCCACCCUGGGCUCCAUCCCUAUGGGCCACCCCCAGGCAUGGCCCUCCCCUAUAAUCCCAUGAUGGUGGUCAUGAUGCCCCCACCCCCACCCCCCGUCCCCCCAGCAGUGCAGCCCCCAGGGGCCCCGCCUGUCAGAGACUUGGGUUCUGUGCCUCCUGAGUUGACAGCCAGCCGCCAAAGCUUCCACAUGGCCAUGGGGAACCCUAGUGAGUUCUUUGUGGAUGUGAUGUAG